UUACCCGCAGCACUGUGUAGGUAAUGCAGGCUUGCGGUGAAACGGUAAUUGUUAGAUUCGAAUAAAAGUUAAGAUCGAAAAGAUAAAAAGUUCAAGCAGGAAACAGUAUGGCCGCUAGGUAAUAAAAAGAAAAUUCGGAAGAUCCGCUGGAAAUUAAUUUGAUGAUCGUGGUGAACGGAUAUCCAUCGUCAUGACAGCGAUUAAAGUUCACGGAGGAAUCGAUAUCCUAAGACUUCCUGUUAAUCAAGAAGAACACAUCUUCCCUCCUUGGCAUAUCAAAUACACGAAGUCGCAUAUAUUGCAUUCUAAGUGCUCCAAAAACGAAGACGGCUGCAACGACAAAGACAGUCCCUGCCAAUUUUGCGUUUUUAGCCGUACCUUGGAACUACCGCAUAUGCCUGAUAUGGUAUUUCCAAACAAUAUAUUGACUUUAAAACAUCAGGAUGGAGCAUACUUACAAUUCAAUGCGCUGGAUGCAUUGAAAACUGUCUCCAAUGGAAAAAUUCAUGUUCAACUUGCUUGCGCGGAAGUGUGGAAGGAAUCUAGAUCCGAAAACAGUGAAUAUUUAGAAGAAAAAAUAAAACCGUUCGAUUGGACUUUUACUACCUCCUACACCGGCACAAUGAAUAAUUUUAAAUUCGAAGAAACUCACGAACGAAUCGAUAUGGAUAAAUUGAAGAGAAGGGAUAAAAUUUUAUUUUAUCACGACUUAACGCUAUUCGAGGAUGAACUGCAUGAUAAUGGAAUAGCUGUUUGUUCUGUAAAAAUUCGGGUCAUGCCUAGCAGCUUUUUCAUUUUGUUAAGAUAUUUCUUAAGAAUCGAUAACGUAAUGAUAAGAGUAAACGAUACUCGCAUUUAUCACGAGUUCGGUCAGGACUAUUUGUUACGCGAAUACACAACAAGAGAAGCUAAGGUGUCGGAAUUGCGAGUACCCCCGCACUUGUUCUGCGAACCUAGCGAAAUAGCGCCACAUUUGCCGUUAACUAGCUGCCAUUAUCAUAAACUAAUAAUACUAUCGAAUAAAGCUCCGUCUGGUGCAAGUAACGAGCUAGCUAACGAAGCGGUAGCAGAUGAUAUUACUGUUAAUACUACUGUAAACGAAACAGAUAAUUCUGUUACCUAAAGAUCAUAUACGUAUUUAUAUCAUAAUUUAUGAUAAUUAGCGAGCAUACUCUAUAAAAUAAGCAUCUGCAUAAUUUCAUGCAACAGAAAGAGUUUCAAAAUUGUUUGAUAACCCACCAGAAUCGCGCGCGAUUCGUUUAAUUUUGUUACGCAACCGACAGUGGAGAAUUCUUGAUCUUUAUCUUACAUGUGACGUUAAACAUACGAAUAAAAAAUAUACUAAAUGCUUAACUGUUUAUUUCUAAAUAAAAACUUUUCGAUA